AUGAAUGAGCCAAUCGCUGUUGUUGGCACCGCGUGUCGGUUCCCUGGAUCUGCCAGUAGUCCAUCUAAACUAUGGCAACUUCUCCGAGAACCCAAAGAUGUAGUUCGCGACAUUCCCAGGGACCGACUUAAUUUUGCCAACUUUCCAAACGAAACUAGCAAACACUUACAUCAGCGAGCAUACCUGUUAGAUGAAGAUGUUCGCUGUUUCGAUGCACCCUUCUUCAAAAUGAACCCGAAAGAGGCCGCCGGGAUGGAUCCGCAACAACGCAUACUCUUGGGAACCGUCUACGAGUCCUUUGAGGCGGCAGGCUGGCCGCUCCAUGCUGUUGAAGGCUCACAAACCGCUGUAUACGUCGGUGCUAUGACAGAUGACUACUACACGAUCCAGUCUCGGGACCCUGACACAAUGGACAGCCACGCAUCAACAGGCUUGUCAAGAGGAUUUCUAUCAAACCGCAUAUCUUACGUGUUCAACUUGCAGGGCCCAUCCAUGUCACUUGAUACUGCAUGCUCUAGCUCACUAGUUGCCUUGCACUUGGCUGUUCAGGGACUACGGAACGGCGAGGCUGCUCAAGCCGUAGUUGCUGGAGUAAAUCUGCUGCUAGACCCGCACUGGUUCAUUACACAAUCAUCGUUACACAUGCUUUCACCGGAUUGUCGGUCUCGAAUGUGGGAUAAAGACGCCAAUGGAUAUGCGCGAGGCGAAGGGUGUGCAGCUAUUGUCUUGAAACCUCUCAGCAAGGCAAUAGAAGAUGGAGAUCAUAUCGAAUGUAUCAUCCGAGGGACGGGCGUUAAUUCUGACGGCCACACAACCGGAAUUACAAUGCCCAGCCCAGAAGCACAAACAUCACUCAUUAGGAAAACGUACCAAAGUGCCGGCCUGGAUCCGUUGAGAGAUCGUUGUCAAUACUUUGAGUGUCACGGUACGGGAACGCAGACAGGGGAUCCCAUUGAAGCGCAGGCUAUUCAUGACGCAUUCUUUUCUGAGGGAAACUUCAAGAAUGGCCAGUCUUUGUACUGUGGCUCGGUUAAGACUGUAAUAGGUCACCUUGAGGGAUGUGCUGGUUUGGCUGGUUUUAUUAAAGCGUCCCUGGCAAUUCAGCACAAGUUUAUUCCACCCAAUCUUCAUUUCAACGUUUUGAACCCGACGAUCCAACCCUUCUACACCAACCUUGAGGUGCCUAUUUCACCAAUUCCGUGGCCAGAAACAGGAGACCAACCUCGGCGAGCAAGUGUUAACAGCUUCGGGUUUGGGGGAACAAACGCACAUGCUAUCAUCGAGAGCUAUGAACCGCGGCAAGCGGAUUUAUCAGAUGGCGACAACAAAUGGCCGGGGCUCAUAGGUCCGUUUGUAUUUUCAUCGCGAACCAAACGAUCGUUGUCCGCUAUGCUACAACAUAUGCUGGAGUAUAUUCGCCAAAAUUCUUCUGUGGAUUUGGAUGCUUUAAGCUACACGUUGCAGUCAAGAAGAAGCAUUUUCUCAUAUCGUAUUGCAAUACCCGCCGUUAGAGACUGUCAAGAACUUAUAAGCGCUUUGGAGAAGCUGACAGGAUUCGAUGAGAGCAGUGAGACUGGUGUUAUCACGAAAUCUUUGCACAAGGUGCCCUCAGGGAAUGUUCCUCAAUUGUUGGGUAUUUUCACCGCACAAGCAGCUCAAAUGGGCAAGGAACUUAUUGAGCAUUGCAAACCAUUUCGCGACUCAAUCCAGAGAUGUGAAGACGCCCUGUCUACUCUUCCUGACCCGCCUUCCUGGUCACUCCAACAGGAGUUACUGGCAGAUGAAGCCUCAUCACGCCUUUCAGAAGCUGAAAUAUCCCAACCUUUAUGUACUGCAAUUCAGAUUGCCCAGGUCGAUCUGCUAAGCUCUCUUGGAGCCAAGUUCUCCACCGUACUUGGCCACUCUUCAGGGGAAAUUGCAGCCGCAUACGCAGCAGGUCUCUUAGGUCUCAGAGACGCCAUGGGCAUUGCGUAUUAUAGGGGAUACGUUGCGAAGCUCGCUACGGGCCCUGAUGGAGAAGUUGGGGCCAUGUUGGCCGCUAGUAUGUCUUACUCCGAUGCCGUCAAGCUCUGUGAUGAAGCUUGGUAUGACGGCAGAGUCGGUGUGGCAGCUAGUAAUGCCCCGUGCAGCGUGACUUUCUCAGGAAAUCUUGACGCUAUUGAAGAAAUUGAAGAGUAUUUGAAAGAGUCUCAAAUCCAAUUCAAACGGCUUCGAGUUGAUACAGCCUAUCAUUCGCAGCAUAUGACUCCCUGUGCCGGGCCCUACCUCUCACACCUCAAAAAGUUAAACAUCAAAAUUCGAACGGGGGAGGCACAAGGUGGCUCUAGAUGGAUAUCCUCUGUGCAUCCAGAAUUCGAAAUUCUCCCAGAAAAUGCCCAUGAGCAUGGGCUUGACGGUCAAUACUGGGUCAGCAACAUGGUGCAGACAGUCUUGUUUUCUAGAGCCGUUGAGGUUGCAAUACAAAGUGACCCAAGUCAUUUCACCAUGGCUGUCGAACUUGGGCCACAUCCAGCUUUGAAAGGGCCGGUUUCGCAAAUUCUGAAGCCCAUGUCAUCAACAGCUUUACCAUAUGCAAGUUGCUUGCGGCGAAAUCAAUCCGACAUAGAAACCUUAUCGGAGACGCUCGGCAUGCUCUGGAUGCGUUCCAAUCCCAAAUCCGUCGACUUUGCUAGCUGGAGAAAGGCAUUCGGUUUGCAAACUUGCCCAGGCAUAGUGAAAGGCCUGCCAUCCUACUGCUGGGAUCACGACCAGAUUCACUGGCGGGAGUCUCGUGUUUCGCGAGACUAUCGCUUGGGCCAUGUUGGUCAAGAGUGGCAUAGUCUCUUGGGACACCUGCGUGAUAACUUCCCCUGUGAGAAGACAUGGCGAAGAAUACUCCGUCUCGACGAGAUGCCUUGGCUGAAGCAGCAUACGUUCCAGGGUCAGGUUCUAUUUCCCGCAGCUGCUUACGUUACCGCGGCUAUAGAAGCCACAAAAAUAUUUGUUGGUGAUCGGCAAGUAAGAUUGGUGGAGGUUCAGAACAUGAAUAUUCUCAAACCACUCGUCGUCGAUGAAUAUGAUGGCGCUGAGCUACUUUUCACAAUUCGUAGCAAAGCUGCUCCUGAUACUAUAUCGAAUAACUCGGUGAUCAAGGCUGAGUUUAUUUGUCAUGGUAGUUCUGACAAUCGUGUUUUGGAAACAACAUGUGAAGCAGGUCUUCUUAUCCAUAUGGGUGAGAGGGAAGCUUCGGACCUGCCGCCAAACUUCAUAUCCAAAUCAGAGCUCACUCCUCUGGGCGUAGAUAGGUUCUACCGCGCCGUUGCUGGCCUGGGAAUUGUCUAUGAAGGGUCAUUUAAGAAACUGACGUCUCUCAAGAGAUCGUGGGGCUUGGCUAGGGCAACGGCCUCCUGGGAAGUCGUGGAUCUUGAAGAUGAAUACAUGCUGCAUCCUGCUGUACUGGAUACCGGGUUUCAGGCUGGCCUUGCAACAUUUAUUUCCACAGCAGAGAAAUCUAUGGGCAGCACAUACCUCCCAGUUAGUAUUCGACGGGCCGUUGUUGACCUCAGCCUCACCACUCAAAAUACCCCGACCGCUACUAGUGUGGACAUCGAGGCCACAAUGGGGAAUCACGACAGGAGUUUUGUAGAAACAGACAUCACUAUUGCAUUCAAAUCAGUCACAAGCUCUAUACAUAUUGAGGGACUGAUGCUGAAAUCAGUUGGGGAACCGGAACCUUCCGAUGACCGAAACCUUUUUGCCAAAACCAUUUGGGGCAUCGGAAAUCCCUACAGCCUGACUAUGUCAAAAGCUAUCCCCCCCAGUUUGGAAGAGACGGUAAAGAUGAGCGAUUUAUACGAGCGCGUCACCUUAUUCUAUAUGAGAGAGCUCGCCCGGGACAUAGACAGGGAACCGCCAACCCAGAUGAAGUGGCACCACCAAGAGCUCCUACGAUACAUCAAUACCACUUUAGCCAAUGAUUACGAUGACUUAUAUGCCUCUUAUGAAACGGAAUGGCUGUUGGACAACCAAGAGAGCAUAGAUCGCCUUUGUAAUAGUCACACCGAUGACAUAGCUGUUGCCAUGUUGACAACUGUUGGCCAGAACCUACCGUCAGUUGUGAGAGGAGAGUCAGAAAUGAUGGAACACAUGCUGGAGAACAAUCUUCUCGGCAGACUCUACAGAGAGGACCACAGGUUCGCAACUUGCAAUGCGUACACUGCCGACAUAAUGCGCCAAGUGAGCCACAAGUUCCCCAGAGCCCAUAUUCUUGAGAUAGGUGCCGGAACUGGGGCAACGACAGUCGGCGUGUUCGACGCCAUUGGCGAUGCAUAUUCGUCGUACACAUGUACAGACAUUUCGGGUAGUUUCUUCAGCACUCUGGAGCAGAACAUUCCUGAAGGACAGUCUGGAAAAGUAAGUUUCAAAGUCUUCAAUGUCGAGAAACCUCCGGGCGUGCAAGGUUUUGAAGAAGGAGGCUACGACAUUGUCAUAGCUGCGAAUGUGCUUCAUGCGACGCGGAAUUUGUCCGAGACAAUCCGGAAUACGAGAGCUUUAUUACGACCUGGGGGAUAUCUGAUCGCUAUCGAAGUCACGGGCAACAUGCUCCGCGAGACAGGUCUCAUGGGGGCUUUAGAAGGAUGGUGGCUAGGUGUAGACGAAGGCAGAACAACCGGCCCCGGCAUCAGUCCUAAGAGAUGGGACGAUAUUCUUCGGCUUCAUGGCUUCUCUGGAGUUGACUUCAUCUCUUACGACCAUCCUGAUCUUUCUAAGCAUAGUUGUUCUGUGUUCAUGUCACAGGCAACUGACGAGCGGGUGGACAUCUUGCGUGAUCCGGUAUCUUCAAUGGAAGAUAUUCCGACAAGUCCUCUCUUCAUAAUAGGUGGCGUCUCACUAGCUGUUUCCCGGUUUGUGAUUCAGAUCAAGAGAUCACUUGCCCGUUGGUCGACCGACAUAAAAGUUUUCGACACCAUUGAACAGUUUGACUCGGCCAAUAUUCCACCAGGAGCAUUCGUGUUAUGCUUGGCAGAUCUCGACAAACCUUUUUUUGCGCAGAAAAUGACUAAUUCAAGACUUUCUAAACUGUAA